AAAAAGGACAGAGUCCAGGGAAAGACUUGCUUGUAACUUUCUGAAUUCUGGGUUUUUUUUUUUUUCUUUUUCUUAACUUUCACUAAGGGUUACUGUAGUCUGAUGUGUCCUUCCCAAGGCCACAAAAUUUGACAAGCUGCACACUUUUUCUUAUGCUCAAUGAUUUCUGCCUUAAACCAAAGGACUGCCUAUAAUUUCACUUAGAAUGUCUUCUAAUUCCGAUACUGGAGAUUUACAAGAAACUUUAAAGCACGAACUUACACCUAUCGUGUCUCAAUUUAAAAUGGUGAAUUACUCCUACGAUGAAGACCUUGAAGAGCUUUGUCCGGUGUGUGGCGAUAAAGUGUCUGGCUACCAUUAUGGGCUUCUCACCUGCGAAAGCUGCAAGGGAUUUUUUAAGCGAACAGUCCAAAAUAAUAAAAGGUACACAUGUAUAGAAAACCAGAACUGCCAAAUUGACAAAACACAGAGAAAACGUUGUCCCUACUGUCGAUUUCAAAAAUGUCUAAGUGUUGGAAUGAAGCUGGAAGCGGUAAGGGCUGACCGCAUGCGUGGAGGAAGAAAUAAGUUUGGGCCAAUGUACAAGAGAGACAGGGCCCUGAAGCAACAGAAAAAGGCCCUCAUCCGAGCCAAUGGACUUAAGCUGGAAGCCAUGUCUCAGGUGAUCCAAGCGAUGCCCUCCGAUCUGAGCAUCUCCUCUGCGAUUCAGAACAUCCACUCUGCCUCCAAAGGCCUACCUCUGAACCACGCUGCCUUGCCUCCUACGGACUACGACAGAAGUCCCUUUGUGACAUCCCCCAUUAGCAUGACAAUGCCCCCUCACGGCAGCCUGCAAGGUUACCAGACAUAUGGCCACUUUCCCAGUCGGGCCAUCAAGUCCGAGUACCCAGACCCCUACACCAGCUCGCCCGAGUCCAUGAUGGGCUAUUCCUACAUGGACGGUUACCAGACGAGCUCUCCAGCAAGCAUCCCUCAUCUGAUACUGGAACUGUUGAAGUGUGAACCAGAUGAGCCUCAAGUCCAGGCCAAAAUCAUGGCCUAUUUGCAGCAAGAGCAAGCGAACCGAAGCAAGCACGAAAAGCUGAGCACGUUUGGGCUUAUGUGCAAAAUGGCAGACCAGACCCUCUUCUCCAUCGUGGAGUGGGCCAGGAGUAGCAUCUUCUUCCGAGAACUUAAGGUCGAUGACCAAAUGAAGCUGCUUCAGAACUGCUGGAGCGAGCUCUUAAUCCUCGACCACAUCUACCGACAAGUGGUCCACGGGAAAGAAGGAUCAAUCUUCCUGGUUACUGGGCAACAAGUGGACUAUUCUAUCAUAGCAUCCCAAGCUGGGGCCACCCUCAACAACCUCAUGAGUCACGCACAGGAGUUAGUGGCAAAACUUCGUUCUCUACAGUUUGAUCAACGAGAGUUUGUGUGUUUGAAAUUCUUGGUGCUCUUCAGUUUAGAUGUCAAAAACCUUGAGAACUUCCAGCUGGUAGAAGGUGUUCAGGAACAAGUCAACGCCGCCCUGUUGGACUACACAAUGUGCAACUACCCGCAGCAAACAGAGAAAUUUGGGCAGCUCCUUCUGCGACUACCUGAAAUCCGGGCCAUCAGUAUGCAAGCUGAAGAAUACCUCUACUACAAGCACCUGAACGGGGACGUGCCCUACAAUAACCUCCUCAUAGAGAUGCUGCAUGCGAAGAGAGCAUGAGUCACAGCCCCUCUGCUUUCAAAACAAAAAGAGACUGGGGUGGGGGGAGGGGAAGGGGAAGAAGAACAGGAAAGAAAAAAAGUACUCUGAACUGCUCCAAGCAACACUAAUAAAAAAACUUGGUUUAAGGAUAUUGAAUUUAAAAAGGCAUAAUAAUCAAAUACUUAAUGGCAAAUAAAUGAUGGAUCAGGGUAUUUGUAUUGCAAACUGUGAAUCAAAGGCUUCACAUCCCCAAAGGAGUCCCCGUACAAGACAUUGUGAGGGCGUGGAUCGAACUCACAGGUGGACACCUACACUAUUAUCGGAAUAAAAAUGGACACAACAGUUCUUGUAUAUUUAAACUGAUCUCCGCUAUGAAGAAAUUUAGGAACUAAUCUGUGUUAUGAAUUAGGCUUAAACACGGGAGGGAUCUAAGCUUACAGAAUGCCUCCAUGGUAAAGCUGAACUGAAACAAGGCUCAAGACGGCGUCAGCUGUACCUACGACAGCCCCUCCCCUGUCCCUGGAAGCCCCCGUGCACCUUCCGCCCUGCGAUCGCGACAUCUGUACUAGAGACCUGUGUUCAGCCACACCCCACAGUAGCUCUACCAAAUCAUGAAAAGCCUAAUUUCGAAUGUCUGUGUCUUAGACCUGCAAACAGCUAAUAAGAACAGUCUAUUACUAUGUUAGCUUGCCAUUUUAAGUAUGUUCUCAAGUUCGUUUUGUCACAUGUUCAUAAUGUUAAAAAAAAAAAAGCAGGCAGUAUCCCUCUUCUAUCUUAUACAAGCAUUGAUCUAUAGAAAGGGAAAUGACCACAAACUUUUAAAGCAAAUGCUCCAUAGCUAAAGCAAGUUAGACCUUAUUUCUGCUGCUGUUGCUGAAGUGUGGCUUUGGCAUUUGUGGAUUCCAUAAACAUUUCUAGCAACAAGGCUUAUUAGGAUACACCAGUCUUUUAACCCUCCAGGUUUGUAGUUCGUUUAAAAAUAAAAAUAAAACAUGAAGCUUAUUUUGCUGGGAUGGCAAAUAGUUUCUGAAUAGUUGAAAACAAAAUCGAAGCAUGUUAAACCGUGCAAAGGGAAAAGAAAGGAUGAGAUAGGUUCAUUCUUGCUGUAAUUGAACAUCCCCUAAACUUGGGAUGGAAAUGGUGAUUUUUUUACAUAUGGCCUGGAAACAACAUUAAAGUAAUUCAGUUCUUCCCCAAAGAAAAAAGGAAGAGAGUGAUACUGACCUUUCUAAGUCAUAGACCAAAGUCUGGAGGACAAAGAGUUGCAAACACAUUCUCCCAACGACUUUAUCAGUAUUAUUAACAUGCAAUGCCACAGGUAUGAAAGUCUUGCCUUAUUUCACAACUCUAAAAGGUAGCUGUGCAGAUGUGGAUCAACAUUUGUUUAAAAUAAAGUAUUAAUACUUCAAAGUCAAA